AUGCCCAGGGCUAAAACUCCGGUUACCCCUUUGAAGUAUACACCACCAGUUGAAGUUGAUGGGAAGGUAUUGGUAGCUGCUCAAACUGAUACUGCUUCAGCAAGGAUGGAAAGAUGCGAAAAUCUUGUGGUUGGGUUCUUUGUUGGGAAAAGACUUUCCUUUGCAGCAGUUCAAUUGGCAGUAAGCAAGCUUUGGAAAUUCAACAAGGAGGUAAGUAUAAAGCUUUAUAGUGACUGUGCUUUCAUCUUUGAGUUCAAUGAUGAUGAAGACCGUAAAAAGGUGUUAGAUACUGGUUCAUUCCUUAUUUCAAAUAAACUUUUCACACUGAAACCAUGGUCUCACAUGAUGGAGAAGUGUAUUACAGAGGUGAAAUCAGUUCCUAUUUGGGUAUUGAUAUAUGGAGUUCCACUUCACAUGUGGGACGAGGAGGGUUUAGGUCUGCUUUCUAGCUACUUAGGAAAACCUCUAUCUGUUGAUGAUUGUACAAUCAAUCAAGAUAGGUUAGCUUUUGCAAGAGUGUGUAUUGAAAUAGAUGUGGAGUUUGAUUAUCCAGAAAAGAUACCCCUAUUGAUAGAUGGUAAGUUUGCCUUCGAACUUCCAGUAGUGUAUCAAUGGAAGCCGCAUAAGUGUGAUGUUUGUAGGGUUUUUGGUCAAUCUACAAAGGCUUGUGGAAAGAAGAAGAAGACUAGAUGGCCAUCAAAGAAAGUUUGCAAGCCAACUGUCUUGGAGAAUGCAAGACAACUCUAA